CUCGCCGCGGCUCCCUCCCUCUCUCCCUCCCUCCGGCUGGGGGCGGUCGGGUCGGCGCUCAGAGGGAUCCAGUUCCUCCUCUCUCGGUGCAUGGUCGCGGCGGGAGCCGAAAAGGGUGAGCCUGGCGGGGCGGGGGCCGGAGGCGGCGGCGACGACGGUGACGACGACAGCAGUGCCCCAGUGCGGAGGAGCCGCCUCUGCCCGGCAGAGGUAUUGCCAGGCAUCUGAAGUGGUUGACCAAGACCUAGGGACUUGGAACAGUGGUGUGUGAUGUCAAACAGUGCACAGUCCUUGCAGUCUCCCCCACCAGCCUGCAGUGUCAUGUGCCAGUAUGAAUAUUAAGAAAGAAAACUGUAUUUCAAAGCUCAGCAUCCCAGAAGGAAAAAAGGAGGAACUAAACAGAAAGAACAAAUGACUGCACUGCUUGCAAAACUUGGGGCUGUUCAUUUUUUCUUCUGAGAAGCCUCAUCUUGGCCUUUGUGAGAGAGUUGAGAGAGUAGCCGGAGCAGACACAGUGGUUUUCUUAGGGUCCUUUUUUCCUUUUUUAAUUUAAUUUUUUCCCCUGGUGCCUGGAUUUUAAGACUGUCUGCUGCACUGAUCACAAGCACUGGACAUCAAUAUGUGUCAUGUCAUUGUAACGUGUCGGUCAAUGCUAUGGACUCUCCUGAGUAUCGUGGUGGCUUUUGCAGAGCUCAUUGCCUUCAUGAGCGCAGACUGGCUGAUUGGGAAAGCAAAGCCUUCAAGCUCCGAGGAUGUGGACAACAGAACAGGGGGAUCGCAGGAGCCUUACCAUCCAACUCUGGGCAUCUACGGGCGCUGCACCAGAAUCUCCCACAUGCAGUUUUCUAGACGAGACACGCUUUGUGGUCCUUACGCUGAAAACUUCAAUGAGAUUGCCAGUGGGUUCUGGCAGGCGACUGCUAUUUUCCUAGCCAUGGGAAUCAUGAUUCUUUGUACCGUGGCAUUUGUGUCUGUCUUUACUAUGUGUGUGCAGAGUAUUAUGAAAAAAAGCAUUUUUAAUGUCUGUGGGCUGCUACAAGGGAUUGCAGGGCUCUUCCUUAUCUUAGGCUUGAUGCUUUACCCUGCAGGUUGGGGAUGUCAGAAGGCAAUAAGCUAUUGUGGACCUUAUGCUUCUGCUUACAAACUAGGAGACUGCUCCUUGGGCUGGGCUUUCUACACAGCCAUCGGUGGCACUGUUCUGACGUUCAUCUGUGCAGUCUUCUCGGCGCAAGCUGAAAUAGCCACGUCCAGUGACAAAGUGCAAGAAGAAAUAGAAGAAGGAAAAAACCUUAUCUGCCUCCUUUAACUACAGUGGGGAAAAAUACCAGCAUCUGGAUCUUUAUCUGCUUUCCAUUGACUGGACAAGCAGAUCCACUUACCUGUUAUUACCAUUUGUGUGACUGAGCCCCAUGCAUUCCAGCCCCGAACUACUGAAAGGGUCUUUCUUCCUUGCUGGGCAAUGGGGAUCAGAGAAAGGAUCCCAAGAAAGCAGAAUGUAAAUACUUGGGGAUAUUUUUAGUUUCAUUCUGUGAUCAGGACACAGUGGAAUAUAUUGAUCUGACUGGGGAUGUGAGUAAACACCUGUAUAUAGCAGGAAUGUUGUUAUAACUGACAAAUUCUGAUUGAUUGGAUUGCCUAACCCACCCUGGUCACUUUGAAGAAUUUGGGUUGAAAAUAAUAAAAGCUAGCACAUUUUUUCUUUUCUUAUGCAAAAAAGAAGCCUAUUUUACUAAGGUUUUGUUUCCAAGGGCUCCCCUCACUGGUGAAUAUUUCUUCACCACCACCUGAUUUGGUACCAUACUUUUCAUUGAGGUGCUUUUUGAUACUGAACUUCCUGAAAGUACAGUGCCUUCUUGGAUAGGAAGUCUAUGCUGGAGAGAGCAAAGCUGACUUGAUGCAGUUCACACCAAUCCUUAAGCAUUUAGAAAGUUAAGUCCCUAGCAGGUUUCUCUGUCUUGAAACUUAAGAGUGCAAGGUGUGUGCCACUUGUUACUUAGCAGGUAAAUUAUUUUGUUUCCACUGACUAGACAGAAAAGUUGUUGUUGCACUGGCUCUCACCUCUCACCUGAUUCAGAUAAAAUUGAAGUAUUUCUACAGCCUUUAUUAAAACUUCUGAACUCCCAAGCAGAUGAUAACUCCCCAUGGCACCAGCCUGACCUGGCCUAUAGCCUCUCCUACAGCUGUGGAUCUCAAGUUUUACUUCAGCAGCAUUUCUUUUUCUCUCAUCAAUGAAACCUCAUUCACCGUCUACAGAUCAGUCUGUCUCAUGACCCAGAGGCACAUUAGUCUUUAGGAAAUUAAAAUUUUUCAGGAAGUCUGGCCAAAUUCUACAUGGCUGGGAAGAUUUUGUCUUUUUUUUUUUUUUUUUUUUUUAAAUUUUGUGUGGUAUGGAGCUUUUUCCAAUUAAACCAGCAGAAAUUAAACAGACCUUGCACAAAUGACAUUCCUUUCUCGAAGGCAGUUGGUUGUGUUACUUGUGAUGUAACUUUACUACUUCGUAAAACAAGUUUGAAAGGUAUUUAAAAAAAAAAACAUUAUAUAGCUGUGCCAUAGGAGCAUUGGGGAUAAUUCAUCUGAGAAAUAGUUCUAAUGAAAUACUAAGUGAAUUUUAGAUUCCUCUUCUUAUUUCUUGGUAGUUUAACAUCAUCCAAAUGACAGUGUUGCUUCACUGUGUAAUACGAAGCAGAUAUUCUUGUUGAUGUGUGGUCAGUCCCUUAAAGUGUGCCAUUAGUUAUUUAUAGGUAUUAAAAAUCAUUGCUACUGUACAGGUAGAUAGCCAAUUUCAAGACACUGCUCAAGUCCUUUGCAAUACCAGAGCUGCUCAGCAGCCCUGACCACAUGCCCAGGGCCAGCCUCAAGGAGGGGGUGAACAGCUGCAGAGUUGGGGCCCUCUUCCAGCACCUGCCAUGCCCUACGGACGCUGUGGCACACAGAGAGCAGCUCCCAGCCUGCACCUGUCUGUGCCUAGUGCUCCUUCAGACCAUGUGCUGGACAGAUACAGAGGUGACCUUUGAGACAAAGUGCAAUGAAUAAGGUCAACUUUUGCCUAUCUGCAGAAAGGGACUGUUUUAAUCUAGCCUCUUCCUGCAUUCACCUGCUCCUGCAACCCACACCCACAAUCUUCUAGUUUAAAACGGGUAAUUCGCUUCUCUUUUAAAUAUUUAUAAAUAUUUAAACACACCCUCCCUCAAAAGUUAUGGUCUGGGACCAUUUCUGCCAACUGCCUGCACAAAGCACAAUUUUAACAAAGCAAAAUUAGCAGCACAAAGUGGUACCUGAGGAUGAAAAUCACAGCCUGCACACUCUGUCCACACCUGUGUUUGUCUCCUUGGUUUUGCCCCAUAAACACACCCCCCACACCUGAAUGGCAUGCACUGGGCUUGUCCCUGGGGUCCAGUGAGGCGUCCUCUAGGCGUCCCUCCUGAGCCCCCACUGGAGCGUGUGCUGGAGCCUGGCUACCAGCUGAGCUCUGCUGUUGGGAAAUGGGGGGCUAGCAGUUGUACGAGUAGCAUAUAACUCAGCUAAAAAUUAAUGAAUAAGUAGAUUUACUGUUUUAGAUUUCCUGGGUGGGUGGCAAUCCAAUGUCCAGGUCACCACUGCCAACAAAUCUUGACACUAUAUUAGGGUGAGAAAUGCUGCUUUGGCUUGAGCACUUGAUUAGUCAGAAUCAAGUCAGUUCUUCCAAAGGUAUAGAGGGCAUACACCACUCUGGCUGAGAUGCAAACAAUGAGCAACCUUCACUUACAUUACUAGCUGACCUCUGCUGUGAUCUACACAAUGCUUAAAAAAAUUUCAAUAGUGCAUUUUUGGGGUUUUUUAAGUACAAAGGAGAUAUUUUCAGUGGCAUAUUUGCUUUUGUUUGCAUUUGUAACCAAGAAGAACCAGCUUUUCUGCUUAUUGCUGGUAUAUUAUCAGCUUGCUCUGCAACAGCAUAAUCAAAUAACUUGCAGGAAUACCCAUGUUCAUCACAUUGCACAGAUAGAAGACAGGCUGGGAAGAAAUACAGAAUAAAAAUAAUCAGAAUUUCUUUUCUCAGGGUUCUGUUUUUCUAGCAAGUGAUAAGAUGGUAUAUAUUGCAGAUUUUUUUUCCUGGAUGAGGUUGUCAGGUGCAGGAUGCACUCAGUAAAUUUCACAGCUGUUUAAAUUGCUCCUGAAGUUCACCUCAGCAGCAGCUUUGGGGAAAAAAAAAAGAAAGAAAAAUCAGCUUAAAGCUAAUUUAACUGAUUUCACGAGUGGGCUGCAGAGUGUAACUGCUUCUUAAUGUACAUGCACUGCAUAGAUCUAGAAGAAUUUGCUGUGGAUUCUUUCAAACCUGUGUGCCAAUUAAUUCAGUUUAACUUUGUUUUUGUGGUAUUGAAGAAUUCUUCAAACAUCUGUGGUUUCAUCAACUUCUUAAACUUGUAUUCAAUAAAGUGCCAUAGACCUCUUUAACUGUAGCAUAUUUAAAUAUAUAUGUAUAUAUAUAUGUAUAUACAUAUAUAUAUAUAUACAAACUUGUGUGAGAUGUGCAAUACCAGGAAUAGAUUUUGUGGUGGGCUUUUUUGUUUUUUAGUUUUUGCUUUUAAACCAGUGAUUUGAAAAGGGACUUCCCAGGGAAGAAGUGGCCGGAAUUUGGUGGUGUGGAUAUAGAGUAAUGCAAUAGAAUCACUGAUGCUGAAGAUAAAUACAACAGUAGUAAAAGUGGCUUGAAGAGUUAACAAAAAUAUCUUCUACAUUGAUUUGAAUUACUUAGAUCUAUGUAAUACAAACACUUCCAAUGUGAAGUUGUGUCCACCUCUGGCCACACUCUACAAGCUGAAAAGGUUCAGCAAGGUUUCUUGAUGUGCUUUAUUUGUAAUGCAGCACUGCAAAAAAACAUUGCUACUGAGCUAUUAUUUCUAGGUUGUCUAUAUCACCUUUGUAUCUAUUUUACUUAAUAAAGUUCUCUAGAUUCUGAGAUUUUUUUUCAGCUAAAUCAUUUCCAUUUUGCUUUGUUACCCCCAUCAGAGUUUCUUAUGUCCUAGUGGUAAAUGGAAAGGAAUUCAGGCCUUCCUUGAAAGCCAUGGGCACUUUUGCCUACCUCAAGGAAAGGACAGAGUCCAACAAAAGCAGAGCAUGGCAGCAACACAGACACCACAGCUCCUCUGUAUAAGAAGUGUGGCUGCACCGAUCCAGCUAGAGUAGUUUUUGAGCCAUGGUUUAUUUGUGGUACUAUUUUUCUGUUCUUGAGUCACCACUAUGUACAUUUGUUAGCAUGAAUGAUGUAACUAGUGCCUUAUUUUUAAUCUAAAUUUCAAUUAAAAUGUGAGUUUUUAAACUUUUAA